AGCACCACUAUAAAAUUUUCUUUUAUUUACUUUUUUGUAACCGCAACAUGGAAAAGGAAAAUACAUAUUUUUGGAAUGAAUUUGAAUUGAAACAACCUCCUUUGGUGACCCUGCAAAUAGAGGACACGGGCUUUGCCAAGGACGUGUAUGUGGCCAUCAACAGGUUCCUGCAACAAUUGUCCGAACCGGAUGCGAAGGAUUUCGAGGAGACGGCAGCGUUGAUUGGAAGGUUGAAGGCGCGCAGAAAGAAUUCUUUCCGAAAUAUGCCAGGAUUUCGGGCUGUCUGUAAACUAAAUUCCGCAGUGUGCCGCCUGCUCCGUUUGGACUUGGCGAGGGAUCUAGAACAGUUUCGAGGUGCUUUGCCAGAUGUGUGCGAUGAAGAUUUGGGCGGAGCCAUGCCCACGCAGAGCAGCUUUAAAUUUAUAUUGGUGCGGAUCUUGGGUUUUUAUCAUCUCCACGAGCGAAUCAGGGAAUGCUGUCUCGCAGCAGCCACAUAUUUCACGCAACUACUGCGAAACAACUUUUUCAUGGACUUUACCACGCUGCUAAUCGCCGCUAUUGCCAAGAUCAACAAACUAAGUUCAUUACAAAGCAACAAGAGCGUCAUUCUAUAUAACAAGCUGCGCCCACAAAUAACAAACUUUCCGCAGGUGAAUAAGCACAAGUUUCUGGCGGAUAAUCAACAGCUUCCAGCUAAACUAGAACUUCUGAAAAGACCACUUGACCAAGAAAAGGCAGUCAAGGCACAGGAUCUAGUCUUGAAACCCACAAAGGUUGUGACCAAAGUAGAAAAAGCCAAGCUGGAAGCCAAAGCUGAUGUUGGCACUGUAAUAGCCAGAAAAGAAAUACACACUCAAGUUGUAACUAAAACGAAAUUUAAUGAAGAUGUUUUAGCCACUGUCGUCGAAGCUCAGAAAUUCAUUUCCCGCGAAUCCGAAGCCAGAAAGCAGAAUUCGGAGAGUUGCUUGACCAAGAAAAUACCAAAGCACGAGUGGUUAGCCGCGCAAACUCUGUUCCAGCGAAAGAUGUCGAAGGAUCCAGCAAAGGCAUUAAGUAUAUUUCGCAAAUUUAUUGUAAGCAAAAUAAAGUAACUUCACAUAACUUGGAUAAGA